ACAUGGGGAUGGGACCAUGGAGAGGGACCCUAAACUGCCCCGGCUCUGGGCAUUCCUGAGCCUCUGGCUGCAGAGGAGGCACCGAGCCAAGCCCUGCAGCCUGCAGCUGCCUGUCCCCAGCCAGCUCUGCGCUCCGGUCAGUACCGCUGCCACCGCUUCCCCUCCUGCUGCUGCCCGAUGUUUCCUGCUCAGCCCGCUCUGGGCUGCUCCUCUUGCUCUGCCUUCGGGGAUAGAUUCUUUGGAGAUGCUGAGGCUCCUCUUCCGCAGCAAGCCAAGGAUCCAGGAGGCAAAACCUGACAUCACUUGGAUAGAGAAAGACCUCGUGGGCUCUGCAGACAAGGGGGAAGGUGUGGUGCAGGAAAUCAACAUCACACACCAUGUGAAGGAGGGCUCUGAGAAGGCUGAUCCCUCGCAGUUUGAGCUCCUGAAGGUGCUGGGACAGGGCUCUUUUGGCAAGGUUUUCCUGGUGAGGAAAAUAACAGCCCCGGACAGCAACCACCUGUACGCCAUGAAGGUGCUGAAGAAGGCCACGCUGAAAGUGCGGGACCGACUGAGGACAAAGAUAGAGAGGGACAUCCUGGCCGAUGUCAACCAUCCCUUCGUGGUGAAACUCCACUACGCAUUCCAGACAGAGGGGAAGCUGUACCUCAUCUUGGAUUUCCUCAGAGGAGGUGACCUUUUCACUCGGCUUUCCAAAGAGGUCAUGUUCACCGAGGAGGACGUGAAGUUCUACCUGGCAGAGCUGGCACUGGGGCUCGACCACUUGCACAGCCUGGGGAUCAUCUACAGGGACCUGAAGCCAGAGAAGUACGUGUGGCCAGCUGGGGGAGGAUGCCAGCCCUGCAGCCAGCCCAGCCUGCAGUCAGGGAACAGCUUCCACCUUGCUGAGGGGCUGGAGGAUGCCCUGGGGCCGGACAGAUGGGAGGUGGUGGUGCCAGUCCAAGGCUGCUGCUCCUCAGAGCUGUGUGUGCCACAGGCCGAGCAGAGAUCCGUGGCAGCCUCCAGGCUCCAAGGGGAGCUCUGUCACAGCCAGCCUUGGGACCCCUCACAAGCAGGGAGGGACCUGUGUGACCCUGAGCCUCGCUCAGACAUGACCCCCCUUCUUCUCUUUCCCUCCCAGUUUGAAAUGCUGACGGGGGCACUGCCCUUCCAGGGGAAGGACCGUAAGGAGACCAUGACCCUCAUCCUCAAAGCGAAACUGGGCAUGCCACAGUUCCUGAGCACUGAGGCUCAGAGCCUCCUGCGAGCCCUUUUCAAAAGGAAUCCAGCCAACAGAUUAGGGUCUGGGCCGGAUGGGGCAGAGGAGAUCAAGCGUCACCCUUUCUACUCCACCAUCGACUGGAAUAAGCUAUACCGCAGGGAAAUCAAACCCCCUUUCAAGCCUGCCGUGGGCCAGCCAGACGACACCUUUUAUUUUGACACAGAAUUCACGUCACGGACACCAAAAGAUUCCCCAGGUGUCCCCCCGAGUGCGGGGGCCCAUCAGCUCUUCCGAGGCUUCAGUUUUGUGGCCACCGGGUUAAUGGAGGAUGGCAAAGUGAAAGCUGCCCAGCCACCCCUGCAUUCAGUUGUGCAGCAGCUGCACGGCAAGAACGUCCAGUUCAGCGAUGGCUACGUGGUGAAGGAGGCCAUCGGCGUCGGCUCCUACUCCGUCUGCAAACGCUGCAUCCACAAGGCCACCAACAUGGAGUAUGCAGUCAAGGUGAUUGACAAGAGCAAGCGAGACCCUUCAGAGGAGAUUGAGAUCCUGCUGCGCUACGGGCAGCACCCGAACAUCAUCACCCUCAAAGACGUGUACGAUGAUGGGAAGUACGUGUACCUGGUGACCGAGCUCAUGAGGGGAGGGGAGCUGCUGGAUAAGAUCCUCAGACAGAAAUUUUUCUCGGAGAGAGAAGCCAGUUCAGUCCUGCACAUGAUUUGUAAAACAGUGGAAUAUCUGCAUUCCCAAGGGGUAGUUCACAGGGACCUGAAGCCCAGCAAUAUCCUCUACGUGGAUAAAUCAGGGAACCCCGAGAGCAUCCGAAUUUGUGACUUUGGCUUUGCCAAGCAGCUCAGGGCUGAGAACGGGCUCCUCAUGACCCCCUGCUACACAGCAAACUUCGUGGCACCCGAGGUCCUGAAACGCCAAGGCUACGACGAGGGCUGUGACAUCUGGAGCCUGGGGGUCCUGCUGUACACGAUGCUGGCAGGCUGCACUCCCUUUGCAAAUGGUCCUGGGGACACUCCAGAAGAGAUCCUGACACGGAUAGGAGGGGGGAAGUUCUCCAUCAGUGGGGGCAAUUGGGACACUAUUUCUGACAUGGCCAAGGAUCUGGUAUCAAAGAUGCUUCACGUAGAUCCUCACCAGCGUCUCACAGCCAAGCAGGUCCUUCAGCAUCCUUGGAUAACCCAGAAGGACAGUUUACCCCAGAGCCAGCUGAAUCACCAGGACAUUCAGCUUGUAAAGGGCGCCAUGGCUGCCACAUACUCGGCACUGAACAGCUCCAAGCCAAGCCCUCAGCUGAAGCCCAUCGAAUCCUCUAUCCUGGCACAGAGGCGGGUGAAGAAGCUCCCCUCCACCACCCUGUGAGGCCCCACGCUGCAGGAACAGCCUGGAUUUUGCACACCUAUGGAAGAGGGGCACAGGGGACAGGCAGGGUCUGCACAGGGGACUUGCUUUUAAAAGGCCAAGUGCCUUCCUGCUCCUGAAAGACUGGCUCCUCAUACAGACUGAUCUUUGCUGAGAGAACUUCACUGUAAAACUUUUUUGAUGUGUAAAUUGUCGAUUUUUAAAGAAAUCCAUCUGUGUAUAUGAGAACUAGAAUGUAUAACUGAUGUCAAGUGGCACUAAAAAGCAGCUCUGAUUCACCCUUCCCUGUGUAGGGCCAGGUAUUUGUUGUUGCUACAGCAUUUCUUGGAACUGAUCCUCUCCAACUCCACAGCAGCUGGAAGACUGUCACACCUGGGGUUUGGGCUUUGGGCUUUUCCUCCCUCAAAGCUUUGGAUGCAUUUCCCAAAGCCAGCCCUGCAGCCCACGAAGGACCCCCCUUCCCUCCAAGCCCUGUGUGUUUAUUCCAUGUAAGGUGGAUUUUGCAGCCUCUGUUUCUCCCUCUCUGCCCAGCCAGCAGCUCAGAUCUCUCAACAAAAUAAACCACUUUUUUCCAAGCCCUCCCAUAGAUGCUCAGCAGGCCAGGACACUCCUAGGUUUGGCUCAUUCCUUCCCUGUACCCUCCCAGGGGGAGUUUGUCACCUGUGCAGGGGGGAUGGUGACAGAACCUCCUCCCUGCCAAAGCUGAGCCUUAGGGCUGGCUCUGGCUGCUGCUUUUACCAUUUGGGGUUUUCCUUCCCCUCAGCAGGAACCUCUGAACCAAAGCACCCUUUCUUUUUUUAAUUUAACUGUGUUUUCUGGCCGGUGACUCAGGGUUUUUUUCUGGCUCAUACAAUAAAGAUGUCAUUCAGGGUUACUGACUGUGAGCUGCAGAACCAGCGAGCCAGGUGUUUCCUGGCCAUUUCCCCAUCGUUCCCAGGCUGUCCCUCUGUGCCAUGCAGGGACAGUGCUCCUUGUCUGCCUCCUGGAAAAGCUGCAAAGCUUUUGAUCAGACCAAAAUCAGCUUUUGAUCAUGGGAAAACCAGCAGUGCUGCUUAGGGCAGCCUCUCCACGCUACCUUCUCUCAGUGGGAGGUGACCAGAACCAGUCCUGGACUGAGGCAAAAACCAACAGGAAUGGGGAAUUUCUUACUCUCAGGACACUUCUGUGCUUAUAAAAACCAACACUUGGAGACAAACUGUGCUAGAAAUAAAUACCCACCCCGUUCUGACCUGCAGGGAAUUGCCAGAGCUCCGUGGUUCCAUGGUGGCAUUUCUGGGAGCAGCAGGAUUGCUACAAGGGCUACAAGAGCUCGAGGAUGUGACUGGAGCCAGCAAAGGUCCUCAUGUGAAUUUCUGCUACUUUUGGCUGAUCAUGUCACAAGAAAGGAAACUUGCUUUUUUUGUUCAGUACCAGUUGGCUCUAAAAUGGAGAACUCCACAAAAAUAAUUAUGUGAGAUGCACAUUGUUUGGGGUCAUUCAGCUUUAACUUGGGACAAAGAAGAUGUGGAGGAUAUCACAAUUUGUCUUGGUUUUAAAAGGGGCAAAAAUGGAUUUAACUUCCAUCCAUAAGGACAUUUUACAAGGAAAACUACCUCUGUUAGAUCAGGUAUUUAAUAGUGGAUUUGAUCUUUUUGUCCUGUAGAUCUGAAUGAAAGCUCAAGGGAGCAGAAAUCCUGGAAUCCAGCCUCAAAUUGCUGAGUCUACCUGAAAAUAACCUGUGCAGAAAGAGCAUAUUGAUCCAAAGUCAAGGAGCCUGAAAAUAAUAUUGAACAGCUCUGUCUAAUACUAUUUCUGUAUAAUGCAGGUUAAAUUUUCCUAUUUUGGAGCAUAAAUCAGCCAUUUUUCUGUUGUAAGGGGCUGACCCAGCUGAGAGGAUGUUUCCCUUCUUCCCACUGUGUAGCUGUGCCUUUCUCUUGCUGUCAAAUUCACCAGGGCAUCAAUAAGUGUCUUUUGGCCUGGGAAAUAUCCCCAUCAAAACUCAGUUUAAAACUGAAGGCCAGCAGCUUUCAUCUUCUCUUUCUUUUUCAUAGUGAAACUCCACUGAGCAACCAAUCUGUGGUUUUAACUUUUUAACCUUUCAUGCAAAUCCCUCUCCAAGUUCCCCCCUUUGAGUCAGUCCAUGUAAAACUUUGUUCAGCAUCUCUAGGCACUGGUGGAUGGUGAGCUGGGCAGCUGGAGUCCUCCUGGGUGCCACCAGCUCCUCGUGGUGGCCUCCUGGGUGCCACCAGCUCCUCAUGGUGACCUCCUGGGUGCCACCAGCUCCUCGUGGUGGCCUCCUGGGUGCCACCAGCUCCUCAUGGUGGCCACAGCCGCUUCCCAAGGCCGCAGGAGGCUUCGGAAGUACUCGGUGACUGGGAGUGAGUUCCACGGGAUGUGGGGUGGAUGCUGUGCUUUCAUGGAAUAUUCAACAAUUUAAUCCCUCUUUCAAGGCAAAGAAAACAUUUAAAAUAUUUCAAGAUCUUCUUUCGGCAGUACGUGGGGGCUCUGAAUAAAACCUUCACUCACGCCGGGGAAGCCGCAGGUCCGCUGCCACUCCAUUCCUUGCCUCUGCUUAUUAAAACAUCAAGCUGUCUUAGUGGCUCAGCUCAGCCCAGGCGCUGCCUCCCUGCCUUUGUGUGCCACUGAACACCUGCCAUUAAUACUAAUUCGACUCCGGAGGGAAACUCCCUUUCAGAUAUGCUUGUCUGAAAAUAAAUUGACAUGUAAAAGGUC